AGUAAACAGAAAGUCCACAGGUUCCCUCCUGUGAUUGAGGAGGAAGCGGGUUGCGCUGUUGUGUGUGAGCUGAGUCUCUGAGCUGUUGGAGUAACAAUGCCUUCAGUUCAGUAUCUGAGAGAGUUUAUCAACGAGCGGCUAACUGCUGCUGCUGAAGAAAUAUUCACAGAGUUUGAAAAAACCAUCGUCCAGUACGAGGAAGAGAUCGGCCGUCAGCGCAGACUGCUGGAUAUCACCUGGAAACCCGAAAUAAAGCUGCACAGGACAGAACUCCCACAGCCAUAUGUCAGUGAGAGGGAGGGGGGUCUCACUGAGCAGCAGCUCUGUAACCAGGAGAGGAGCUCCAGUCGGGACCAAGAGGAACCAGAACCUCCACAGAUUAAACAGGAACAGGAGGAACUCUGCAGCAUUCAGGAGGGAGAGCAGCGUGCACUGAAGGAGGAGAGUGAUACCUUUAUGGUGACUGCUACAUACAACAAAAGAGACCACAGUGAAUCAGAGCCAGACUGUGAGCAGCUCCUGUCCCACAGCUCUGCUGUAGCUGAGAGUCGAGAUCAGGGAGAAGGCAAGAAUGUAGAUUCAGGAUCAACAAGAAAGCCAGAGUCAAAACCAAAGGAGAGACUUUACAUAAACAGAAGUCACAGCAGCAAUGCAGAAGAAUCUCCUACGUCAGAGACUCGGUGUCACACUGACACAGACCUACCACAACAACAUGUCUAUAAAGAACAGCAGGAGGUUCUCAGUGAGCAGGAGUUCUGUAACAAGGAGUGGAGCUCCAACUUGGAACAGGAGGAACCAGAACCUCCACAGAUUAAAGAUGAAGGUGAAGAACCUUGCACCAGUCAGGAGGGAGAGCAGCUGGUACUAGAGAAUGAUACCUUUAUGGUAACUGCUACUUAUGAGGAAAGAGACCACAUACCAAACAGGGACCAGCUCUACUCUCACAGCACUGCUGUAGCUGAGAGCCAAAAUCAUGAAGGAAGUAAGACUGUAGAUUCAGGAUCAUCUAAAAAUUCAGAGCUAAAGAAGAGACUUCAUAGAAACAGAAGUCACAUCAACAAUCUAGAAGACUCUCCUCCAUCAAAGAGUUGCAGUAACUCUGACACAGGCAAAAAGUCUUUAAAAUGUGAUUUUUGUGGAAAAACCUUUAAGAAAAAGUCUCAAAUGAAGGAACAUCACAGAAGCCACACAGGUGAGAAGCCAUAUUCUUGCAAAGCAUGUGGGAAAAAUUUUACUCGCAGUAGGAAUUUGACUGUCCACAUGAGAACACACACAGGAGAGAAGCCAUAUCAUUGCAAAAUGUGCGGGAAGACAUUUACGCGUAGUAGUAGUUUGCCCCUGCACAUAAGAACUCACACAGGUGAGAAGCUGUAUCCUUGUAAAAUCUGUGGUAAAGUGUUGUCACGUAGAGGGUAUUUGUUGGCACACAUAAGAACGCAUACAGGUGAGAAACCAUAUGAAUGUAAAACGUGCGGGAAAAUGUUCAUAUCUAGUAAAAAUUUGUUGCGCCACAGUAAAACCCACACAGGUCAGAAGUCAUAGCCUUGAAACUUUUCUUUAACAAUAUUUGGGAUUCCAACUUUGGAAAACACAUCAAAAAUGUAAACAGGUUCAAAGGAAAAGUUUCAGAGUUCGAACAUCUUUAGACUGCUUUUAAAAAACUGUCGUUUGAGCUUGUAACACAUGAGAUCAGUCUAAUCCGUCAUCAGCAGUCAGAUUCUGCAGUGAAAAUAUGAUGAAUCUGACUGUGUACUUCAGUUUAGAGUUCCCCUUUUUUUGUCACAUUAAAAGUCACAAAUUAAAUAUUAAGUUUUGUUUUUUGUGCAUCAUUUGAUGAAUGAAAAAUAUUGUUGAAUUAAUGUCAAGUUGUGGGAGUUAUUUUUUUUUAUUAAUAUGAAAUGUUGGAAACUUUAUUCUGAUUACGUUACUAUUUUUACGGGGAGAGUUAUUUAGUUUAUUAAUAUUUAGUUUAUUUGCCUCCUUUUACUAUUGAUUUAUUUAAAGUAAUUUGUUGUUAGCUUUAUGGAGGACACCUUUCUUUGAGCUCAUUUUUCAUCCAGCCAUGUGUGAUCACAGGAAGUCAUGAGUAGUGCGGGAUAAAAUGGACUCUGCUUGAAUAAAAUUGUUGGGUAGUUAAUUUGUAUGAAUAGAUUUAUAAUUUUUGAGUGGAUUUAUAUUGAUUAUUGCUGUUAGCCUCU